AUGGAGAAGCGGCCGCCAGUCAAAAUCUCCUUUCGGGGAACUCUAUUGCCCAAGUUGAGGAGCGUCUCGCUGCCCAAAAAGAUCCGGAAAUGUCUUCCCAUUUACCUAGGAUGCAUCUUCUUUCUCAUCAUCUUACUCAACCUCGAUGUUCUUUUCUUAUUUCCCAGUCCAGUCAGCAUGCUGGCAAAGUCGGAAGCGCCCCGGAAGAAGCUUCCAGGAAGCACAUUCCCCCAAAAGGUAUGGCAGACGUGGAAAAUUGAUCCGCUGCUCUUUGGCAUCACGGAAACGGCAAGAGCCAUGACAUGGGUGAAACAAAAUCCUCAAAUGCGCUACGAGGUCAUUACCGAUGCCAGCGAUAUGACAUAUGUUGAGCAGCAUUUCGGCCCAGAUGGCUUCAAUCGCCCGGACAUCGUCGAGUUUUACCGAAAUGUCAACCUACGAAUUAUAAAAGCCGAUCUUUUGCGAUACAUGAUAUUAUAUGCUGAAGGCGGUAUCUACGCGGAUAUUGAUGUCGAGGCCAUCAAGCCAUUCCACCGUUUUAUCCCCGAACGUCAUGAUGAGCACGAUUAUGACCUGAUUGUUGGUGUUGAGGUCGACAUGCCGCAAUUCCGCAACCACCACAUUCUGGGUCAAAAAUCGCAAUCUUUCUGCCAGUGGACCAUUAUUUCGCGACCUCGGCACCCGGUCAUGCUGCAUCUCAUUGAGAACAUCAUGAAGUGGUUCAAAGCAGUCGCAAGAAAACAGCGCGUGCCGAUUGGCAAGGUGGAGCUGGAUUUCGACCAAGUCAUCACAGGCACCGGACCAUCAGCCUUUACUACGGCUGUUCUGCAAGAAAUGAACAGGGUGACGCAAGGUCCCAAGGUUACGUGGGACGACUUUCACAACUUGGAUGAGUCCAAGGUAGUUGGCCGGGUGCUUGUCUUGACAGUCGAGGCCUUUUGUGCUGGUCAAGGCCACUCCGACUCUGGCAACCAUGGGUCUCGCGGCGCCCUUGUGAAACAUCACUAUCACGCAUCCAACUGGCCCAGUAAGCACCGUCGCUACAGGCAUCCUGCCUAUGGACAGGUGGAGGAGUGCAAUUGGAACGCUGAGUGCGUUGCGCAGUGGGACAAGGACGUUGCCGAGUUUGACAAGCUGCCGGAAGCUGAGAAGAAGAAGAUUAUCGUGGAGCGCCUCAAAUUACUACAACCACCACCACCGGUCCAAGAAGCUGAGGUGAAGCCCAAACCUCAGCCUCAGGAAGAACCGGGCAAAGAAGCCGAAGCUAAGAAGGAGCCUGGUCAAGAAGCUGAAGCUCAGCCCAAAGACCAGCCUCAGAAAGACCAACCGCAGAAGGAACUUGAACCUGGCAAAGAAGGUGAUGCUCAACAAAAGGACAAACCUCAGGAGGAACCGGGCAAAGAGGCUGAAGCAAAGCCUAAAGACCAGCCUCAAUAG